CUAGCCCCUCCUCAGUCAGCUGACGACGGUCCAUGUUGCCAGGAAGUGCUUCGUUUUUCAGAUCUAACCGGAAUAUAAGGAGGAGUAGCUGUUUAAUACUACACUGCUGGGACAUCACACCGAGCGUUUCAUGGGUCAGCCAUUGAGACAUGGAGAGCUACAGCAGUGGUCGGCCAUGGGGGAAGCUAGUCAAAGUGGACUCCAAUGAAACGGUUCUGCUUUUCACUAAGGAAUGUACAGUUGGCAGAAAAAAAGGCUGCUAUCUGUCCUUUCCAUCCAAUAAACUUGUCUCCGGGGAGCACUGCAAGAUAGUAAAAGAUGAACACUCAGGGCUGGUCUGGCUUGAAGACACGAGCACUAACGGCACAGUGAUCAACUCGUCCAAAGUGGUCAGGAAGCAGACUCAUGUGCUGCAGAACGGUGAUGUCAUCUACUUUGUGUACAGGAAGAGUGACCCUGAUCAAAACAUCGCCUAUGUUUACCACUCUUUAAACAUGGAGGCCGCUGUUCCAGAAGACAGUUGUAAGAGGCCAGCCUGCAGUCUUUUUCCGGUUCUGGCUUCAGAGAUGGCCUUCUCUGUGGAACCCGUAAUGCUCACUAGAGCUCCUUUGGAUCCAACUCAGGAGGAGCCUCAGCCUUCCACCUCCACUUCCCACUUUUGUAUUAAGAAACCCUUGUCUAAAGCCCCCGUUUCAUCAGCUUCUUCUGCUUUGGGCCAAGUUAAGGAUGGAGCCUCAGCAGUAGAAGAACACUCAGGCAACCGGGAGCCAGAAUGCAAAAGGAGGAGAACAGAUGAUGAUGUGACGGGAUCAGCUAAGGGGGAUGUUCUGUCUAAACUGCCUGUGAAAGAGACUAAAACGGACAAGAUGGAGGAGUCGCUGACAUGCGUCAUUUGCCAGGACCUGCUGCAUGACUGCAUCAGCUUACAGCCUUGCAUGCAUGUUUUCUGCGCCGCCUGCUACUCUGGCUGGAUGGAGCGCUCGUCGCUGUGUCCCACCUGCCGCUGCCCCGUGGAGAGGAUUUGUAAAAACCGCAUUCUGAACGACCUGGUGGAGGCCUACCUCAUCCAGCAUCCAGAGAAGAGUCGCAGUGAGGAAGACCUGAAGAGCAUGAACAGCCAAAACAAGAUCACUCAGGACAUGUUGCAGCCCAAAGUGGAACGUUCCUUCUCUGAGGAGGAGGGCAGUUCAGAUUACCUCUUUGAGCUGUCUGACAAUGACAGCGACUCUUCAGAUAUUAGUCAGCCCCUUCUGAUGUGCAGGCAGUGUCCAGGCUACAUGCGGGAUAUGGGCCAAGUUCUGUUUGCUUCGAGCUCAAACUAUUGGUUCACUGGUCUUCCAACUCUGCCACCUGUCCAGCCUCCUCCCACACCUGAGUGUGGGGAGGGGGCAGCAAGGCCGGCCGGAGAGCAGCCCUCCACGUCCUCCGAUCGACCCUCAGCUGACGCACCUCAGGAGUACUGCUGCCCCCCUCAGGGCCGCCACCUCAUCUGCACCUGCUGCCUCCAGCCGAUGCCAGACCGGCGGGCCGAGCUCAACAACCAGCAGCAAGUUAUCGCUCAGCAAUGUAUGCUGUGCCAGAGUCCGUUCUGCCACAUGUACUGGGGCUGCCAGAGGAUUGGCUGCCAUGGCUGCUUGGCUCCAUUCAGUGAGCUUAAUCUGACUGAAAAGUGUUUGGACGGCGUGCUGAACAACAACGCAUACGAGUCAGAGGUUCUACAAAACUACCUUUCUGCUAAGGGGAAGACAUGGAAAGAUCUGCUCCAGGAGUCUUUGCAGGACUUACAGGAGGGAAAGUUUCUCCUGACAGAUUGUCGCAUCUCUGCGGACACCCUGCUGUGUUCCUGCUGCGGCCUGCGAGCCUUCAAGGAGCUGGCCUACAAGUACAGACAGAACAUCCCUCCGUCUGAACUGCCAGCUUCUGUGACAUCUCGUCCCGACUGUUACUGGGGGCGAAACUGCCGCACGCAGGUGAAGGCGCAUCACGCAGUGAAAUUCAACCACAUAUGUGAACAGACGCGUUUCAAGAGCUGAAGCAGCCGGUUCUUCUGCGUCAAAUGCACAUGUGAAACACGAUCUCGAUGCGUUUCGCUCUGCCCGACAUGGACGACACGCCUUAUGCAAUUGCCUAAUGCACAUAUUAACAAUCAGUGUCCAUUUACAACAAUGACCGUGUUCCCCACAGAUAUUCAGGAGAAUGGUAUCUAUGCACAUUCAGAUUAUUCCCUUCAAGUGAAGGUCUUUUCACUCGUACAAGUUGCUGUUGCUCAGAAUAAACACCCCGAAACAGCCGAUAUCUGGUAAAGGAAUCAUUUGUUUAGGUGGUGAAAUGGUUAAUGGUGUUUGUUAAUGCCGCUGUCACCCUGGGCAACAAAAACUUCAAUUUUUUUGUUAGAUUAGAAGCUAUUUGUGUAUGGAAGAGGGAUAUGUACGCAUGCUAAACAAGUCGUCUUUUUUUUUUUUUUCCCCUGUUUUCUUCAUGAGAAAAUUAUUUUGUAUCAUUUUCCCAAUAUGCUAACAUUAUUAUUCAGGGAUUUCCAUUACUCAUUACAUCUAAGUAAUCAUGUAAAAUAUCUUUACUAAGUAAAUUACAAUCGUAUUCAUUUAUUUCACUAAUUCUACUUAAAAAGUCAAAGUCUUGGAAGAUAAAGAUUCAUUACUCUAUGUAUUUCAGCGUUUUUUUUUUUUUGUUUUUUGUUUUGUUUUUUGUUUUUUGGGGGGGGGUUAGCAAAAUGCAGGUUGAAAUGAACGAAAACCCAAAAAUUAAUUGUGGGAAAAAUGAAAAAAUGUUUUGGUCGUUUGCAAUAUUUUCUGAUUUGAUGUUAUGCCAAACACAAUCACUCAGAAUGACUACCAGCAGAAAUGCACUGACUGUUUUGACUGAAAGUAACCCACAAAAGAUGAUUGCUAAAAGGAUAUGGAAAGAAAAAAAGUGUGUCAUAUGAGUUUUCAAAUUGAAUUACUUAAAUUACCUUACUCUUCCAACUUAUUCAGAUGCACCUAUAAGGGUCACCGGAACAGGAGCAGUAAAGUAUUUUCAGUCUAAAAUAGUCCAUCACAAUGCUAUAUGUUGCUAGCAUUAACCGGUUAAGUAUUACCUCUUAGGGAUUUU